UGUGAGCCCGGCAGGGUACAGCUUUUUGACAGUCGGUCAAUAUAUGAGUAUGAUCCACUGAUCACCCACCGACCUGAUCAGACCCUACCAUUUCAGCGUCUGAUCGAUGCUUCUUGCAAGGUGGGUUGUCCAUCGAUACAAGGUGAAACGGAGGCAUCGUCUUUGCCUUUCCUACUUUCCUGAGUAGGUGAAGCCGAUAGCCGCUAUGAGACGACUAACGGGGAAGGCGAAGGAGGAAACUUUGAUCGAGCUACAGAGCACCUCGGAUUCUCAGAUCGCAGAUGGUCCUGCUGUGCUGACUGCAUUCAGGAUUAACUUACACUCAGAUGAAAGCAGCGGUAAUGGGGUCAGUUCAUUAUCAGAAGGAGCUCCACUGCCUGGACACUCCGAAACAGAAAGUUUGCAAUCAAACAGAGACACGGUGUUCUUUAGAGAUGGCGUACGCAGAAUAGACUUCGUUUUGUCUUAUGUAGAUGACAAAGAUGAGAGGAAACAGGAAAGGAGGAAAGAAUUUGAGGCCAACCUUGAGAAAGAAGGUCUGGAGCUGGAGACAGAGAACAAAGCAGACUCCAAAGACCAAAAGACAUACUUCUUAAAGAUCCAUGCUCCAUGGGAGGUGCUCACCAAAUAUGCUGCUGUCCUGAAAAUCAAAGCUCCCUUCAAAGAGAGUGACAUACAGCACGGUCAGGAUGCCCAUCUGGACUGGGUAUCCUACCCUUUCCGUCUGCCUGACCACAUCAUGCACCCAAAGCCGGACUACUUCACCUACCCCUUUAACAAGAAUAAAGUGGGCUUCUUUCUCAUCAACGACAAAGAGACUUUCUUCCCUCCAUCCACGAGGAACAGAAUUGUGUUUUAUAUCCUGGCUCGUGCUCCGUACUACAGUGAGGGUCGGAAGGACAGAGAGAAGACGGGCAUUAAGCGGUUGCUCAGCAACGGGACCUACACAGCAGCCUUCCCCCUUCAUGAUUGUCGAUUAUGGAAAAUAGCAAGAAAUGCAAAGUGUGAAAGUGAGCGCUUCAACCUGUACAAGCACUGGGCGAGGUUUCUCUGCUUUUACAAAGAGCAGCCUCUGAACCUCAUCAAGAAGUAUUAUGGAGAAAAGAUUGGGAUCUACUUUGCGUGGCUAGGCUUCUACACUGAGAUGCUGUUCUUUGCAGCUGUCAUGGGUGUUAUAUGUUUCACCUAUGGAGUGCUCAGCUAUGGGGACAACAAAUCAAGUGAAGAAAUCUGUGAUGCAGAGAUCGGCGGCAGCAUACUAAUGUGCCCUCUCUGUGACAAAAAGUGUCCUUUCUGGAAGCUCAACUCCACCUGUCUCUCGUCCUGGCAAUCCCAUCUGUUUGACAACGAGGGAACAGUAUUCUUUGCCAUAUUUAUGGGGAUUUGGGUAACUCUGUUUUUGGAGUUCUGGAAGCGGCGGCAGGCCCGACUCGAGUACGAAUGGGAUCUGGUGGAUUUUGAGGAGGAGCAGCAGCAGCUUCAAAUCCGCCCAGAGUUCGAAAUCAAAUGCACAAACAGGAGACAGAACAAGAUCACACAGGAAAUGGAGCCAUAUCUUCCCGUCACAAGCAAGUGCGCACGUUUCUGCCUCUCUGGAGCCACCGUCAUAUUCUGGGUUUCUUUAAUUGUGGCCUGUAUCAUUGGGGUGAUAGCGUACAGGCUGGCUGUAUAUGCAGCCUUUGCAAGCAUCAUUAAGGAUCCGAUGAGAAAGAUCCAAUUGGUGGGGAGAUUCAUCACCCCGCAGCUCGCUACAUCUGUCACUGCAUCCUGCAUUAAUUUUGUCAUCAUCAUGAUCCUGAACUUCUUUUACGAAAGGGUGGCCAUCUGGAUCACUGAUAUGGAAAUCCCCAAAACUCACCUGGAGUAUGAGAACCGGUUGACAAUAAAGAUGUUUCUGUUCCAGUUUGUCAACUACUACUCAUCUUGCUUCUAUGUGGCCUUCUUCAAAGGGAAAUUUGUGGGUUACCCUGGCAAGUACUCCUACAUGUUUGGGAAUAUGACCCAACUGAGGAACGAAGAGUGUGAUCCUGGUGGCUGUCUCAUAGAGCUGACCACGCAGCUGGUGAUCGUCAUGGCUGGGAAACAGUUGUGGGGCAACAUUCAGGAGGCUCUGCUACCGUUGAUGCGCAACUGGUGGAGCAGCAGAAAGGGACGACACAGUUCAGAAAACCAUUACAGCCGCUGGGAGCAGGACUACGUUCUGCUAAACUUCAGCCAGAUCGGCCUGUUCUAUGAGUAUCUCGAGAUGGUGAUCCAAUUUGGCUUCAUCACUUUGUUUGUGGCCUCCUUUCCCUUGGCCCCACUCCUUGCCCUGUUUAACAACAUCGUUGAAAUAAGAGUUGACGCCUGGAAGUUCACCACCCAGUUCAGGCGACCGGUGGCCUCCAAGGCCCGAAACAUCGGAGCGUGGCAGGAGAUCCUCAACGCAGUGGCCAUUUUGUCUGUUGUCACCAAUGCAUUUAUCAUGGCCUUUACCUCAGACAUGAUCCCCCGUAUGGUAUACCUUUAUGCCUACAGUAAAGAUGCCAGCAUGAGCGGCUAUAUCAAUAACAGCCUGUCAGUGUACAACAUUUCACAGAUACAUCCAGACAACAUGCCUGAAGACUACCUGCAUGAUAACUCCACCUUCACUUGCAGAUAUCGAGACUACCGUUAUCCUCCAGGCCAUGAGAGGCAGUACAACCACACCAUGCAGUUCUGGCACAUCCUGGCAGCCAAAAUGGCCUUCAUUAUUACCAUGGAACAUGUUGUCUUCGUAGUGAAGUUCUUUGUCGCUUGGCUGAUACCGGAUGUCCCGUCAGAUGUAAAGGCCCGAAUCAAACGGGAACGUUACCUGAUCCAGGAGUACCUGCGCAAGUACGAUGUGGAGAGCGUCAAGCUCCAGCUUAGUGCCAGCUUCAUCACAGAGCCUCAGUCGGAAACAUCCCUGACACCGGGCGAAUAUGAAAUGGUCUCUGAGUGUUCAUAACCUGCAUGCCACAAACAAUCCCAGCCAAGAAAAAAAAACAUUUCACAGUUUCCGUGCAAGGGCUUCCAUCUUAAAAGUAUAAAAAUGUUGUUGUUGUUUUGUUUUUUUACGUAAAUGAGCCUUAACACCUCUUAAGUGGUGCUUCUAUGUUAGGAUGCACUCAUAGAGGCACUGAAAACAAUAUAACAUAGAAUUAGUUUUCAUUUGGCUUAAAUACACAUUGUUAUGCCAUAGAAAAGUUUGGAAGAUGUAUAACUAUAAAUCAGAAGCAAAAGAAAAUAAACCCCUCUUCCUGCA